UCAUUUUGCAGGACAGUGGUUACGGUUCUCUCUCUAUAAGUCAACGGUGAUCGCCGUUUACAGAAUAACCAACGUUGCAAAUAUCUUCGCGAGAAUACAGCAGGAUCAAAUUCGCCCUGCUUGCACUGUUUAUAUUGUUGUUAUUUCUUCUUGGUUGUUAGACCGCUGCAGUCUUAACCUCAGUGAUUGCCGGAUUUUGUGAUUUUGAUUCGAUUGUGUGCAUUAUUCGGACGAUGUUGGAAGAGGUUACAGAGGCAGCACCUCUGAAGAUGAGGAAGAUAGCAAAGUGCGCUCCGAUUGACGUUGAGUUUCAAGAUUUAACCUAUGCAGUUAGGGAUGCAAGAGAAAAUGGAGGUUGGAGGAAGUUACUGAAAGGUGUAAAUGGAAUAUUUAGAUCAGGAGAAUUGACUGCCAUUUUGGGCCCUAGUGGGGCUGGAAAAAGCACUUUACUGAAUAUAUUAGCAGGAUAUGUAUCAGCUGGGGUUAAAGGAACGAUAAAAAUGAAUGACCGACCACGUGAUAUGAAGAUCUUCAACAAACUGUCAUCCUACAUUAUGCAGGAUGAUAUCAUUCAACCUAGGCUGUCAGUUAAAGAAUCAAUGUUAAUAGCUGCUAAUUUGAAGCUAGGACCACGCAUUAGCCUAGAAGAAAAAUUGUCAACUGUAGAAGAAAUAUGCAAACUCUUAGGACUGGAAAGAUGCUUAGAAACAAGAACCGAAUACUUAUCAGGGGGGCAAAAAAAGAGACUAGCAGUAGGCCUGGAACUAGUCAAUAACCCACCCGUUAUUUUUUUAGAUGAGCCUACAACAGGUUUGGAUAAUUUCGCUAUUAAAAAAUGCAUGGAUUUGUUGUAUGAUAUAAGCAAGGAAGGAAGAACAGUUAUUUGCACAAUACAUCAACCGCCCACUUCGUUAUUCCAAUCAUUUGAUCAGGUUUAUAUUCUCGCCAAUGGAUGUUGUGUAUAUAAUGGAAGUCCCAAUGAAUUAGUACCUUUCCUUUCAAGAGCACAGUUCAAUUGUCCUCAGUCACAUACUCCAGUUGAAUAUAUCAUCGACUUAGUUCACGAAAUGCCUGAAACAAUAACAACAUUGGCAACACACACGCAAAACGGAAAGGCCAACCUAAAACCAAAAGUUUCAGUGAAUCCUGAAAUGUACAUGCACUCAUGUGAAAUAUAUCAAGAUACCACACAGAUGGGCUUGUCAGAUAUGAGUGUCGAAUAUCCAGCCUCCAUAUGGACCCAAUUCGUGAUUUUGCUUGGAAGAAUGAUCUUGCAGCUUUCCAGAAACAAAUCAGUAUUGUACAUACAAUUUUUCCAUCAUCUAGCAUCUGCGUUACUGAUCGGAGGAAUCUUCUAUGGAGUUGGAAACAAUGCCUCUCAGAUUGUUUCUACGUUCAAGUUACUUUUAUGUGUCACCGUUUUUUUCAUGUACACUUACGUUAUGACGGCAACUGUUAUAUUUCCUCUAGAAGUGAAGUUGAUGAAGAGGGAAUACUUCAAUAGAUGGUACAGUCUGAAAGCCUACUACUUAGCGAUUACAGUGUGUGGGUUACCAAUGCUUAUCGUCUUAGGAUUGAUGUUUUCCGUGAUUGUAUAUGUUUUUACCGACCAACCCAUGGAAAUUGACAGAUUCAUUUUAUUCGCUGUGAUGGGUAUAAGUGUAGGACUUUGUUCGCAAGGACUUGGAUUUUCUAUAGGAGCCAUCUGUAAUAUUUUGAAUGGAUCCGUUGUUGGACCUUUAACUCUUGCUCCUCUUCUCGCUCUUGCAAUGUAUGGAAUGGGCUACAGGAAUGCGAUAGAACCUCACAUGCAAAUAGUGAUAGCAAUGUCCUAUGUCAGAUUGGCAUUGGUGGGAUUUUGUAAUUCCGUUUUUGACAACAGGUCACCAUUGGAAUGUAAUGAUGAAAUAUACUGUCACUAUAACAAUCCCAGUGAACUGAUGAGAGAUAUGGGUUUGACAGGCACUACUUACCUCACACAAGUAUGUGGUGUCUUUGGUUUCAUGAUAUUCUUCAGGGUAUCUGCAUAUCUAGCUCUGAAGUACAGAUUGUCGUCGGAAUUUUCGACGAAAAUAGCUUAUUAUGCUACCAAGAUCAUUCAUUCGAAGGAGCAUUGAGAGGAUCAGUUGAGACACACAAUUAUUUUUAAAUGUAUUACUUAUUUUUUUAUAUUUAUUUGUCGAAGCAUAGUAUGCUACUGUGUUUUAUUUAAACCAUUGUGAUACUUAUGAACUUGUUGAUAUAAUAAAGUACUCGUUUUUAAA